AAAUUGUGCUGAUCUGCGACUGCUCAAAAUCCAACAUACCCAAACACAAAACGUCAUCGCAUCCACCAUGAGACUCAAAGGCGCACUCUACAUUCUUACAAACUUCGCAGCUGCGUCCUUGGCAGAUGAUGUAUUCAACUGCACCAGUCUUGGUCCAAAAUGCGAGAUCGUCCAAAACGGUACCUCGGGCAUCUUCGCAUGCAAUUGCAUCGCAGACAGUGACCAGCCACAUCUUGCAGACUUCUACACCAACAACUUCUACAAAGGCUUUCUGUGGCGAGGAUAUGGUGCCUACGGCUCCUGCAACAAUUUGCCCCUGGCGUGGCAGUCAAAUACGAAUUCUAUAAUCUCGGCGAACGAUCCGCCGGCCGUGUGUUGCGUAUACACGGAUCUGGAUUGCAAUACUGAUGGACAUGCUUGGUUGCAACUUAAUGGGGAUGGGACGGUGCAGGAUGUUAUCUUCCCUUAUGAUGGGACUCAGUCGUAUCAGUGUUCGUUGUUGGUCGAUGAAUACUCGUUGUGUACGGAUGAUGCCUGAAUUGGCGAUGGGCACCGAGCAUGG